UGGAAGCUUUAACAUUCCCUCCUUCUUCAGGGAAAUCUUUCAUUAUGGGAACAGAUGAAGCCCUGGAAAAUGAGCUGGGUCUUGGAGAACUGGCAGGCCUUACAGUAGCCAAUGAGGCAGAUUCACUGGCUUACGAUAUAGCAAACAAUAAGGAUGCAUUGAGAAAGACUUGGAACCCCAAAUUCACAUUAAGAAGUCACUUUGAUGGAAUAAGAGGUCUCGCUUUUCAUCCGGUUGAACCAGUCUUAAUAACAGCUUCAGAGGACCAUACAUUAAAAAUGUGGAAUUUACAAAAAACAGCCCCAGCAAAAAAGAGUGCUUCUCUUGAUGUGGAGCCAAUAUAUACCUUCAGAGCACAUAAUGGACCAGUGCUCUGUGUGGUGAUGAGCAGUAGUGGUGAACAGUGUUACAGUGGGGGAGCGGAUGGCCUCAUCUAUGGCUGGAAUACAACCAACCCGAACAUCGACCCUUAUGAUUCUUACGAUCCUUCUGUUCUAAGAGGUGCUUUUGUAGGCCAUACAGAUGCAGUGUGGAGUCUGGUUUACAGUGGAGCACACAAGCGUUUGCUGUCCUGUUCAGCAGACGGCACUAUACGUCUAUGGAAGGCUACAGAAAUUGCUCCAGCUCUCAAUAUAUUUAAUGAUAAUCAAGAAAUGGGAAUUCCUUCUUCAGUGGAUCUUGUGAGCAGUGACCCAAGCCUCAUGGUAGCAUCAUUUAACAGUGGACACACUAGCCUUUUUAACAUGGAGACACGGCAGCGAAUUCUUACCCUGGAGUCCAGUGUGGAUACUACAGUCAGUUCCUCCUGUCAGAUAAACAGAGUCAUCAGCCAUCCAACUCUUCCAAUUAGUAUCACUGCUCAUGAAGACAGACACAUCAAAUUCUACGACAACAAUACAGGUAAACUGAUCCACUCCAUGGUGGCUCACUUAGAUGCAGUUACAAGUUUAGCUGUUGAUCCUAAUGGCUUGUAUUUGAUGUCUGGCAGUCAUGACUGUUCGAUUCGCUUGUGGAAUCUUGAAAGCAAGACCUGCAUCCAAGAAUUUACUGCUCAUCGCAAAAAAUUUGAUGAGUCCAUUCAUGAUGUGGCAUUCCACCCCUCCAAAUGUUAUAUUGCCAGUGCAGGAGCAGAUGCCCUGGCUAAAGUGUUUGUAUGACAGAGUGCUUCCCUUUCAACUCUAGCUUUGUAUGUAUUUAACCAGAUGCACAAAAGAGAAGAGGAGGGCAUUAAGUUGUCUUAUCCUGCCCUAUAAUUCAGAGAAUGUUUGUAAGCAUUUAGUUUUGCAGGGUGCUGUUUUCUAAAUUGCCAUUUGUUCUGGUUUCUGUGAGCUCAGCUGGUGCUGAGAGCUUGGAAACUCUCAGUUUCAAAUAGUUAAAAAACAAAA